AUGAUGGAGUUCCCACCACCACCACCAAUAACACUACCCACAAGCACCAUUUCCAUUUUCUUUUGCUCUCUCUCUCUCUUCGGGAACGAUCCUCUGCAACUGCAUUACAGAAAGCCUCUCAUUCUGUACUGUAGUGUAGCCUUGGAGGAAUUUCAAAAACACAUGUCGCUUUCCUGCUCAAAAAGCUUCUUCAACAGGUUCUGUUUGGAGGAGUUUCAUAUGGAGAGUGCUGUUCGUAGCAGCUUCUUCUCCAGUGAUCUCUUGCCAUCCCUUGGAGCUAGAAUCAACCAGGCAACUACACUUCGAAGAUGCAUAGUUUCGCCUUUCAGUCCCCGUUAUAGGGCUUGGCAGAUGUUACUUGUUGUUUUAGUCAUUUACUCGGCCUGGAUUUGCCCAUUCCAGUUUGCAUUUCUGCCUUACAAGCAAGACGCACUCUUCAUAUUUGACAACAUUGUCAAUGGCUUCUUUGCCAUUGACAUCAUUCUCACCUUCUUUGUUGCAUAUCUCGACAAUCAAUCUUAUCUUCUUGUCGAUGACCCGAAGAAAAUUGCAGUCAGGUACAUAUCUACCUGGUUUAUCUUCGAUAUCUGUUCCACCGCACCAUUUCAGUCUAUCAAACUCCUGUUUACAAACAAAAGCGGCGAACUUGGGUUUACACUACUCAACAUGCUCAGACUUUGGCGUCUAAGACGAGUCAGCUCCCUGUUUGCAAGACUUGAGAAGGACAUCCGCUUCAAUUAUUUCUGGACUCGGUGCAUAAAGCUCAUUUCUGUGACCCUGUUCGCUGUACACUUUGCUGGAUGCGUAAAUUAUCUGAUUGCAGACAAAUACCCUGAUCCAAAAAGAACCUGGAUUGGUGCAGUAAACCCAAAUUUCAAAGAAGAUGGUAUUUGGGACCGAUAUGUAACUGCUAUGUACUGGUCUAUCACGACAUUGACAACUACGGGAUACGGGGAUUUGCAUGCUGAAAACACCAGAGAGAUGAUGUUCGAUAUCUUUUACAUGCUGUUCAACUUGGGAUUGACAUCUUACCUCAUUGGCAACAUGACAAACCUUGUUGUUCACUGGACAAGCCGCACUAGAAACUUCAGAGAUUCAGUCAGAGCUGCCUCAGAAUUUGCAGCACGAAAUCACUUGCCUCCAAGCAUACAGGAUCAGAUGCUUUCACACAUAUGUCUCAAGUUCAAAACAGAAGGAUUGAAUCAACAAGGGACCUUAAAUGGUCUACCAAAGGCUAUUCGUUCAAGCAUCGCAUACUAUCUCUUCUUCCCCAUCGUUGAAAAAGUCUCUCUCUUUCAAGGGGUUUCUCAUGACUUUCUUUUCCAACUGGUUUCAGAAAUGGAGGCGGAGUAUUUUCCACCCAAGGAAGAUGUGAUUCUGCAGAAUGAGGCUCCAACAGAUCUUUAUAUACUUGUCUCAGGCGUGGUGAAAUUCCUUUGCCAUACUGAUGGGCGUGAUAAAGAUCUUGGAAAGGCAGUUGCAGGAGAUUCGUUUGGAGAGUUUGGAGUCUUAUGUUAUCGGCCGCAGCCUUUCUCAGUUCGGACGACUGAGAUUUCUCAAAUCCUACGACUCAACAGAACUUCACUGAUGAAUGCUAUACAAGCAAAUGCAGAGGAUGGACGCAUUAUUAUGAACAACCUUUUCCAGAAACUGAAGAGGCAGGAAAGCUUAGGCUUUGAAUACACACACAAGGACCCAGGACUGUUCCUCAGAGAAUGGUUUAAUGAAGAAAGCUUGUCACCUUCAGGAUGUCAAGAUAAUUCAUGCGAAGAUCUACCGAUGAAGGAAGCAAGGGAUGUGAGUUUCUCAGGAUUGGAGACUGCAGAGCAGAGCGAAACAGAGAAAUGCCCAAUGUUUGCGAGAUAUGCAACGGACAUAAAUUUGAUAGCCGAGGAUGAUCAGACAGCUCUUCAUGCUGCGGUUCGCAGGGGGCAUCUUGAGAUGGUUAAGAUUCUAUUGGAAGGAGGUGCUAAUGUGAACAAACAAGAUGCCAGAGGAUGGACACCAACAGCUCUAGCAGAACAGCAAGAAAACAAGAGCAUAUAUGAGCUUUUACUGAGUUAUGAACAUAGAAGGAAACCAGAUGAACACAGAAUAGAUUUAAUUGGGUUGGAAUCAGCUGACAACGGCUUGUAUAGCCAAAACAAACACAGAAGACAACAACGCCCUCAAUCUGUUAACAACAACUUGAAAAUUGACUCGGCUAGUUCCUGCUCAAGCAGAUUUAGUUGUCCCACUAACACACAAAUGAUUAAAUGGAUGAAAAAGAGAGUCACCAUCCACAUGAAGAUUCAACCCAAUGGUACAUCUCAGGGGCAGCCUGGGAAGUUAAUAAUCUUACCCGAUUCGAUUGAGAAGCUGCUCAAAAUAGCCGGUGAGAAGUUUGGAGGCCACACACCAACAAAAGUCAUUAAUGCAGAGAAUGCAGAAAUAGAUGAUAUAAAUGUAAUUCGAGAUGGUGACCAUCUGUAUCUCCUUCAUAACGAGUGUGAAAAGAUGGAUUGCGCAGUGACCUAAUGGUUACUUAAGGCAAUAAUGUAACAUUCAGAUAACUUGUAACUUUUAGGCAAUCUAUAAUGAUCUAGCAACAAAAAUUUGUCUA